AUGGAAGAAACACAAAAAGGAACGCGCAUAGGGCCGCUGCCUGGGGGUCGCCGCGGCGCGUCUGGAGCUGGCGCUGGACGCGGCAGCAUGUGGGCCGCCAGCCGAGCGCGAGGAGCUGCACGAUCACCUAGCAGCCCCUCGCAUCCAUCAUCCCCACCAGAAGGCUUGGUGUCGGCUGGGUCUUCUCGGACCCAGCAAGCGGCACCCGCCGCUGGUGGAGCACGUCACAUGCGUUGGACAAAAUCCAUGAACGAAAACGCAUUGCGGGCGUACUAUAGGGCGAAAGGGGAAGAAACUGUGGGAAUAGCGUAUAGAUCUCGGAUGCAUUGCUUUUUUGCUGAGCUGGAGCCGUCUAUCCCCGUCACGGAACAAAACCUGGCAGACCGAGUUCGGUACAUCAUGCGCUCGAAAAUAUUUGAUGAUGCCGAACUCGAACGACUACGACGUGAGGCUAUUCCGUCGUCGAAUGAAUCGGCUAUGGCUGGAGAUGCAGCUCCACAUUCGACAGACCAGCAUCCACACGUGGAAGCCGCCAUGGAUCUUCCAGUUGUGGUUGAUUCGAACGACGAUGAAAUAGUCUCCCACGAACUAGAGCAAAUGAGGAGUAUAUUGGAAGAGGCGAUUUUGGAAACCCGCAGCACCCCUCUCGAAAAUCGACCGCGACUUCCCCGCAUACCCUUAAGCAAGCGAAAUCGGGCUGUCGUGAGGGCUCUUAACCCAAUGCUGGUGACCUAUUUGGAAGCUAGCCGGGACCUUUGCGAGACGGACUCGAUUCUCUUUGGCGCCGAAGUGGCAGUUUGCCGUAUUAUUUGUGCCAAACUUCCCAUGGCUGAACGCGCUACUACACAAAGUAACGCCAUCCCAGCCUGGAGGAAAAGAAUUGAGGACCGUAUCGCAAAGGCAAGGGCCCUUGUCGGCAGACUGACAAGCUUCAGGUCGGGUAAUAAUAGACCGAGGAUUAUGCGCACCGUUAGGAUGGCCUUCAGUUUUUCCCAGUCGGAUAUCACGCAGAAACUAACGGAGCGCAUAGACGACCUGAAGCAAAAGAUCGCUGCUUGGGGGAAGCGGAUUCGACGAUUUUCCGAGGGGUCAAAGCGGUUCAACCAGAAUCGUCUCUUCCAGAGUGAUCAGAAGAGGCUCUAUAAAUUAUUGGAGUGA